AAAAAUCUUUGGACGAUAUCCCUGAACAUUUAUUUAACCAUAAUUGACCAAAGGCAAUUUCUUAUGUUAAUUUUUCAUCUCUAAUUUUGAUAUUUAUUUUAGAUUAGACAAAUUUGAUAUUAUUUUAAUCUCCGAUAUGUUAUUUAACCACUGCUUUUUAAUGCUUCGCUUGACACAAACAGGGUUUAACACUGCGUUACUAGUUAAAUGUUCAUACUCGUUACAGCAAGAUGGAUUCUGAUUGGCUGUCAUUGUUUUUAUCGUUCAUCAGCUGGAUGGAUAAAAUCGUUCUGAUAACUUCUGAAAGUGAUUCCAGUGAUAUAUUUUCUCUGUGCCGUUAUCAUUAUAGCUGUGGUGAUUGAGCACGAUCGAUUUUUAAACUACAUCCUAAUCUGGCCUUAAUGACUGUCUGUGACAAAAAACUCGACAUUGACUUUUAAUGUCAAUUUCAAAUUUAAAAAAAUAAAUAAAUAAAUAACUCAUGGACAACUGAAAAUUGUCGACUUAUAUUUGAAAAUGUAUCAUAAUUUUUGACUUUUUAUAUCACAAUUUAUAAUUUAGUACUUCAUAAAUUGCAUCCUUGUGUAAAUACUAGUACGUCAAGGUUUACCAAAUAAUUAUUUUUGUCUCUUAUUUGGCGUAAAUGGGCUUUUAUACAUCACAGUUGCGUUUUAAAAAUUGUAAAUUCUGUUCAGUGUCCACCCUGUGCCUUUAAGAAAUAUCCUCCCGCUGUUCCCGGGCGUUCUCGCGGUUCUUCAGCACUUGGCAACCUGCAAGCUGUGUCCUCAUACGGACCAAUGAGAUCAACGCCAGUUCUCAAGUCCAGCCAAUCAGAAUCCAGAAUUUGUGCGCACGUUUGAAAAUCAGCUUGCGUGUUUUUUCCUCGUCUUUUUUUGUUUCUCAACACAAACAAGAUACGAUAACGUUUCUAAAACUAACUAAAACUAUACGCGAAUUUUGCAAGACACCAGCAGUGAGUGAAUUACGUUUGGACCUGCUGCGGCUGUUGUGUUGUGAUGCCGUCCAAAACCGAAGACUAUGAGGUGAUGCUCACCAUAGGAUGUGGAUCUUAUGGGAAUUGCCAGAAAGUCAAAAGGAAAUCAGAUGGAAAGGUUCUAGUGUGGAAGGUGCUGGACUAUGGCACCAUGGCCGAGGCAGAGAAACAGAUGCUGGUGUCAGAGGUCAAUUUGCUCCGUGAGCUGAAGCACCCAAAUAUCGUUCGAUACUACGACAGAAUUAUAGACCGGACGAACACAACGUUAUAUAUAGUGAUGGAGUACUGUGAGGGUGGAGAUCUCGCCAGCCUCAUCAACAGAUGCAUCAAAGAGAGACGAUACCUGCAAGAAGAAUUCAUCCUGCGUGUGAUGGCACAGUUGUCCCUGGCGUUAAAAGAGUGCCAUAGUCGAAGUAACGGCAGCAGUACAGUCCUGCACCGUGACCUGAAACCUGCAAACAUCUUCCUGGACGUCAAACAGAAUGUAAAGCUUGGCGAUUUUGGUUUAGCUCGGAUACUGAACCACGAUACAAGCUUUGCUAAAACAUUUGUUGGAACUCCAUAUUACAUGUCGCCAGAACAAAUUAAUCGCAUGUCCUAUAACGAAAAAUCAGACAUAUGGUCUUUAGGAUGUUUACUCUAUGAACUAUGUGCUUUGUCUCCCCCAUUUACAGCAUACAACCAAACAGAGCUGGCCGGAAAAAUCAGAGAAGGGAAGUUUAAGAGAAUCCCUUACCGAUACUCAGAGGAUAUGAACACGCUCCUUUCCAAAAUGCUGAACUUGAAGGACUACCUGAGGCCCUCGGUGGAGUCCAUUCUGCAGAACAGCUUGAUCUCAGGCUAUGUAGCCCAGGAGCAGAGGAGACUUCAGGAGAAGCAGCGGCGCAGGUCAGUGGACGUAGAGCAGCCCAAACACCCGGAGCCGUCGCUUCAGGCAGAGCUGCGGCUGAAGGAGCAGAUCCUACGCGAGCGAGAGCAGGCCAUCGAAGAGCGAGAGCAGCGACUAGAGCAAAGGGAACAGGAGCUGUGUGUUCGAGAACAACAAUCAAAUGAAAAGAUGGCCAGAGCAGAGAGCUUGUUGAAGGCUUAUAAUUUGAUCCGCCAGCAGAGGGCGUUGUCUCUACUCAGUGCCAGUGACACAGAGAAUGAAGAGAACGUCUCUCCAGGAAAGAAGAGGGUUCAUUUUGCAGGAGACGGCAAGGAGAACAGCAGACCCGAGAGCAAGCUGAUCACUAAACCAAAUGAACAUUGUCUUGUAAAGAGACACCAAUGGGCAAACAUGCGCAUCCAGGCUCUUGGAGAAGAGGAAAACAUGUACCUACCAAAGCCCAAAGAAAUGCUGGGUAUCCGCUAGAAUUUACUACUGAAAGUAGUGCAUUUGUGUGGUCAAUCAAGUCAAGAGGAUUUUAUUUAGUGUACAUUAGGAAAUAAGAUUUCUGAUUUUAUUUAUUUGUGUAGCAUUUGUACAGUACAGUUAACAAAACUUCAUUUAAUGGGCAUAACACUGGAUUUUUUUUUUUUUUAAAUGAUUAUGUAUUCUUAUGAUUUUAUAGAUGUGGAACUUGUGUUUUUAUUUGGAAUGGCUGUUUCUUUACAAUAAAGACGUACAAAUAUUA